AUGAGGCACUCUGUACAAAUUCAGGUACUUAGAGAUGGAUUAAUAGAAUUUAAUCCUAGGAUAUAAAUAAAUUCACCUAAGACUUUAUCACUAUUUUAUUUAAUAAAAAAAAUAGGAUAUAAAAAAAGAGUUUAACAUUUGAGUUUUGUAAUUAUAAAUGAUGUUAUUCAUUAAAUACGAAGAGAUAAACAUUAGGAAUUAUUUACUUUUCUAACUGAAUAUAUUGAUUUAUGA